ACCCAUAAGUCAAAAAUCUGACACUCAAACUUCAAAGUAAAUAAUAAAAUGACAAUUGAUAUCAGUCUUUAUCUACGGACAGCUCGUCAGCUUAUGACAAAUGUUUAGGUGUGGUAAAAAUCCAAAAUCGUGUGUUAAAGUGAGUGAAAACUGGAGAAUCUUCACUUGUUUGCAAUCAAUGUGGAUCGGUUAAAAUAGAAUGGACAACGAAGGAAGGAAAGUGGUCGUUUGCGAUAAUGGCACCGGCUUUGUCAAGUGCGGCUAUGCAGGCUCCAAUUUUCCUGCUCACAUAUUCCCCUCCAUGGUGGGAAGACCGAUCAUCAGGGCGGUGAAUAAAAUCGGGGACAUCGAAGUCAAGGGUUUACAUGUAGACGAUCUCAUGGUAGGCGAUGAGGCGUCAGCGCUGAGAUCCUUGCUGGAAGUAAACUACCCAAUGGAGAAUGGGGUGGUGCGCAAUUGGGAGGAUAUGUGCCACGUUUGGGACUACACUUUCGGACCCAGGAAGAUGAAUCUGGACCCGAAAAACACCAAGAUUCUACUAACUGAGCCGCCAAUGAACCCCACGAAAAACCGGGAGAAAAUGAUUGAGGUGAUGUUUGAAAAAUAUGGCUUUGCCGGCGCUUACGUUGCCAUUCAAGCCGUGUUAACUCUCUACGCGCAGGGGCUCCUAUCGGGAGUGGUUGUAGACUCAGGGGAUGGCGUCACUCACAUUUGCCCGGUAUAUGAACAGUACGCACUGCCCCAUUUGACCAGACGCUUGGACAUUGCUGGCCGGGACAUAACGCGUUACCUCAUCAAACUGCUCUUGCUCAGGGGCUACGCGUUUAAUCAUUCAGCGGACUUUGAAACUGUUCGAAUGAUGAAAGAGAAGCUGUGCUACAUUGGAUAUGAUAUCGAGACCGAGCAAAGGCUGGCGCUGGAAACGACGGUGCUGGUGGAGCCCUACACGCUUCCGGACGGCCGCGUGAUUAAAGUGGGCGGGGAGCGAUUCGAGGCCCCCGAAGCCCUAUUUCAGCCCCACUUGAUCAACGUGGAAGGGCAGGGCAUUGCCGAGUUGAUCUUCAACACCAUUCAGGCUGCCGAUAUUGAUAUGCGUCCCGAGCUGUACAAGCACAUAGUUCUCUCGGGCGGAUCGACAAUGUAUCCAGGGCUGCCUUCGCGGCUUGAGCGCGAAAUCAAGCAACUCUAUUUGGAAAGAGUGUUGAAAAACGACACCGAUAAAUUGAACAAGUUCAAGAUCCGAAUCGAAGACCCGCCGCGACGAAAAGACAUGGUGUUUAUUGGGGGCGCCGUUCUGGCCGAAGUGAUGAAAGACCGCGAUGAGUUCUGGUUAUCGCGCAAGGAAUACGAAGAGCAGGGCUUGAAGGUGUUGAAGAAACUAGGAAACAGGGCUGGCUAGGUAGAAGCUUAUUUUAUCAUAUCGAUUGUUACUGACCUCCAAACUUCGUGUUUUGUGUUUCUUCGUUCGUGAUUUGCACCGGUUGGAGUCUUUAACUUCAAGGUCUGGCAAUGAUGAGUUUUCUUGAACUGCUGAAUUCUGUUUUUCCUCUGCUGCUAAUUUAUUUCCCGUGGGUUUCAACUUUGCUUGAUUUUCCGUUGUCUCGCUUUCUAAAUUCAGUGCACUAACUUGUGAAUUUGGAUCAGAUUUUCUAUCUUUUGCAUUCGCAGCCUUUUUUGUGGGACUGGUACUUUAUACAAAGAGCGGCGCUUUUUACCCUUUCGGUUGCUUCCUGUUACUGACGUCCAAACUUUGUGUAUUUGUCUGAUUUUCUUCUGUAGCCUCUUUUCCGGCUUUUCCUGUGGCUUUUUUACCGUUCCCAGCGGUUAGCGAUUUUACUGAUUGCUUCUUUACCGAAUCCCCUUUCUUCGUUCGUGAUGUGGACCGGUUGUAGUCUUUAACUUCAAGGUCUGGUAAUGAUGAGUUUAUCUGAUCCAAAGUCACCGCAAGUUAGUGCACUGAAUUCAGACAGCGAGACAACGGAAAAUCAAGCAAAGUCGAAACCCACGGGAAAUAAAUGAGCAGCUAAAGAAAAGCAGAAUUCAGCAGUUCAAGAAAACUCAUCAUUACCAGGCCUUGAAGUUAAAGACUCCAACCGGUCCAAAUCACGAACGAAGAAAGGGGAUUCGGUAAAGAAACAAUCAGUAAAAUCGCUAACCGUUGGUAACGGUAAAAAAGCCACAGCAAAAGCCGCAAAAGGGGCCACAGAAGAAAAUCAGACAAAUACAGAAAGUUUGGACGUCAAUAACAGGAAGCAACCGAAAGCGAGAAAGGGUAAAAAGCGCCGCUCUUUGCAUAAAGUACGUAGUAUUGAUUUUCAAUGUCAUCCUAAAAAAGAUUUUGGUAUAUUAAAUGCGGUUUUAUCCUGUAGUAUUUGGUAAAUUACUCGCUCGGAAAUAUCAGUUUCUUUCCGAUAACUGUGGCAGUUUUCGAUGACGUUUCAGGUUGGUUGGACCCUGCCUCCAAAAUCUCACUUUUAUCAGUUGAUCUUGCGUUUCUUCGAUUUUGGUGCUGUUUUAUUUACCAUUAUCUCGUCUUCUAGUUCGAAUGUAUUAGCUAGUGGUGACUUUGAAUCAUUCAAUUUACUGGCUUUACGACCAGAAGCCUUAUUUCUUCUGCCUGGUAGGGUAUAGAUGGUGCGUCUUUUUUGCAGAUUUUUUAAUUUUCGGUUGACUGGUGUUACUGAUGUUCAAACUUUGGGUAUUCGUCCGAUUUUCAGCGUCAUUCUGAAAAAGACUUACGUAUAUUAAAUUCACUUUUUAUUCUAAAGUGGUUUAUAAAUUACUGGCUCGCAACAUUCACGGUUUUUCUUGGAUAGUCACAAAGCAAGUGGAUUUAUCGUAAAUGCUAUCAGGAUUCCCGGUCCUCUUUAAGAUAUCUGCAAUCUUUGUGCAACAACUGCCUGUGCGGUUGAUUAAUGUUUUAGUUAGACUUGAAAAAUGCACGUUGCCAAAACAGAUAACAGUAACGCGGUUAAAUUUUUAACAUGUUCUGAAAGCUGGAAUUCUUCUACCCUUUCACAAGGCAUUCUGACAUGUAGCUCAUAUCGCUUGAAUCUACAAAAAAUUUAAAGCCACAUAACUUAUUUAUCACGUUAAAAUGUUGCUUAGAAACUCACUUUCCACCACCACUGGCUCAGAUUCCUCAUCCAUUAUUUUUCUCAUACGGUUUGUAUAUGCUUCUUCUUCUCAGCUCUAGGUUUCAUCUUGUUGAAGGGCAUUUCUUGAAUCAACUUCUUGUUAGUUUACAGAUUCAAAGAAAGUAAACUGUCUCUGGAUAUGAACGUUUAUUAUAUAUAAGCUUAUUUUAUCAUAUCGAUUGUUUUUUUGUAUAUUUUUAUUAAUAUGAUCAAUGAUUAUGCAUUUAUAUUUAUCAUGUUGUGAUGGCGAGCGCUGCGAGGAGUCAGUAUACCUGAAAAUAUCGCGAUGAGUUCAGAACUGUUUCAAAAUAAAUAACAUUCCUACUCACCGA